AUGGCACGUCCAAGGUCUACCUGGGAGUUGCAGGCUGUGAUUCCUGUCCUGUACACACACCAGAAGGUGGCUCGCCGUCCUAUCCGCCGGGAGGGUCUUUUGCGGCUCAAUGCGGGCCGUGCCGUGCUCUGUGACGCAAGUGGCCGCAAGCUGGAUGAGGAGACUGUGACCACGGCUUUGAUAGAGCAGUUGAAGAGUGGAGAAGAAAUUGACUUCCCAGGACAUUUGUUGGAGCCAGAUCCAUCAGAUGCAGCACAGCGCCAGCUCAUGCAUCAGCGAGAACCACCCACAAUGCGGGAUCGUAUGCAGACUUUAGGUAGACGAGGUGGAAGACCAACUGGAGAGCUGCCUAAACAGUUCAAACGGCCUCGACUAGCAGAGGAGUUUGCACGCGGAUUGUGGCUCAUUUGCAGGUUGUAG